GCGACACCCUUCUUCCUCAAACAAAAAUCCAACGCUCGGAUCUUCUUCUUUUCCUACAAAUAAAUCCUCCCUCCAUCCUUAAAUCCCCCCAAAAUCAAACCUUUAAUCACUCCCAAAUCCCAAUUCCCCUAAAUUCAAUCCCAACAUUCAUUAAUGGCUUCUUCAAUAAGGCCAGCAACUCGCUACAACAACUCCAACACCAACAGCCUGAACAGUUCAGUAAAAUCCGACCCUUCCUCCUCCGCCAAUUACUCCUCCCCUCCACGCGUGGCGCCGCCAGCUCACGCGCCGCCGUGGGCAAGAAAACCGAUGCCAACGGCGUUAAUUUCAGCUCGAUGGUUAAGAAACUGGUGGAGACUAAGUUCCGAAGGGAUUUGUGAUUGCGAAUGAUCUUUUAGCGGAGGAUUUGAAGAAGGGUGGGAAGAAAAGCGCGGGAUUGGGAGGACUUCAUAAGAAGCUGUUUAAGGGGGGUUUGGUAAAGAGGGGUGAUGAGGGCUCAAAGAAGGCGCUUACGGAGGUGAGGAGUAAUACGAGGACGCUGGCGAUGGUGUUGAGGAGUGAGAGGGAGCUUUUGAGUUUGAAUAAGGAGCAGGAGGAGUUGAUUGCUGAACUCAAGUUUUUGCUAGGGGAGAAAAACACUGAGGUUGAAAAACUAAAAGAUUUGUGCUUGAACCAAAGGGAAGAGAUAAAGUCUCUUAAAAUUGUUGUUCUAUUCCCAGACGCCGUGAAUUCGCAAGUUCAUGACUUUUUGGAGAAGCAGGGAGUGGAGCUGAAACAGGCUAAGCAACUCAUACCAAAUCUUCAAAGGCAGGUUAAGGCAGACAAAUAUUCCGGAAGAGGGUUCUGUGAUGACGAUUUCAAUUCCCCAAGGACACCAUCGUAUGAUCAAGAAGACGCAUCAAAUUUUCCGUACGAUCAGGAAUAUAGGUCCAGGGAUUACACGACCCCGGGGAGUCCAGAUGACAUGUUCCUGAACAAUUUGAAUCCGUGCCUCACACCUUAUUCCAAGACAAAGUCCAAGGAAUUUGAUCUUUAUGGUUCCCCUGCUGAUGGUGGACCAUCUCCGGACACAUGUGGGACAAAGCUGUCGAAAAGUUCCGAGUGUUCCCAAUCCCAAUCAUCCAAGGCAUGCAAGGGUUUCGUCGGGAGGCCUGCUAGCUGCUCCAGUGGAACCAGACGCACAAAAUGGAAACCAAAUGCAUCACAGCAGACUAUUCUGAUUGUUCAACUAGUUGAGAAUCGAGAUCGCCUCUUAUGCAACUCAUCUGCUGUCACAAGUUCUUGAAUCAUCUGUGCUGGGACAUUUGUGUGUGAUGAUCUUAGGCAAAAUAUGAUAUAUCCGCCCUCAUGUAUCGAUCACUUUGUCCAUAUUCAAGUCUUGUUAAUCUGAGGCAUAAACAAAUCCCAGUUUUGGUAUAGCUUUUUUGAGGUUUUGCAAGUCAAGCUCAGCUUCCAUUGUUGUGAGAAAAUAGGUUUCCUACAUCAGAAAAUAGCUUCAAAGCCAAUGGCGUCUAUGUUUUUGCAAGUAGACAAAUUUUGUAUAACAAAUUAUGGAUGUUUUGUUGGAAUAUGAAAAAUAUGUUAAGAGUA